GGAUUCCAUCCAAUUAUUUCGGAAUAGUUCAUAAUUCUGGAAAGAAAACUUGUGUUUCAACGGUGCGCAAUAGGACUUCAUUUUGUGAUGUGUUGAAAAACAUUUCGUUGAAAGUGAAAGUGCUAAAGACUCGAAAUAAUUCGAAUUCGAAGAAUGCCUUCCGCUAAUAAGGACAAACUUUUCGGCCCUUGGAGCCGUAGUGACAGCAGUGGCAGUAUGUUCCUGUCGAACAAUAAUAAUGCGGAUAAUUUGAUUAAAGCCUACGCAAGAACGGCUCCGACCAGUCCACGUUGGACUCCGGUUGGUUCACGGCAUAAUUCACCGCCCAUGCCGAGUUCGCCGCUGUCGUCUUCACCACCCUCAACUUUACGAAGAAACUAUUCCAGUACAUUUAUGCUGAUUCCGGAGGAUCGUGCAGUAGAUCCAGUUUCAAUUGAUCCGAUUCCACUGAUCAACAACGGUCGUGAUCGUCGAGAGGAUUUCAGCAGCAAGUAUCGCAUUUCCAACGGGCGCGUUAUCUUACGAUUGAUCCUCUGGUGGCCGCUACUACUGAUUGCCAUUGCUCAGCGAAUUUUGGGAUUUUUGAUGCAACUUUCAUGGCGACCGUUCUUGAUCGCGGCCCCAGCCUUUUGGUUGUCCGCCUGCCUAUGGAUGUUCUGGAAGAUUGUAGCCCUUCCUUUAGCUUUUCUCAAAUGGGCCUUGGUUGCUUUGCACACGCCAGCUCACGAGCGAAAUCGCAAAAAGCGCACCAUUCUGAUCAGCUGUGGAAGCACCAUUCAAACAUUACAUUUGGCUAGAAAUUUCUACAAGUCUGGAGCAAGAAUCGUGGUUUUUGAAUUCGAGGGUUUAUUUGGAUUGGCUAGGUUCUCGACGGCCGUCAGCAAAUUCUAUACGAUCCAAAAACCCACUCCGGACACAGCAAAUGAAUAUAUCGCAGCACUCUGCGAAAUCGUCGAAAAAGAACAACCCACCCAUUACAUUCCUGUUUGCGCAACAAGCGCCGCCCACUAUGAUGCUUUGGCAAAGCCCCAUCUGGAGCUACGCGGCUGUUCCAGUUUCAUUCCUGGUGCACAGGAGACAUCCGUUCUGGAUGACAUACUGCAAGUAAUGCAAAAGUGUGAAUUCAAUCAAAUUACCAUGCCACCCCAUCAAGUCGUUGCUUCAAAGGAAGAUCUACAUCGUUUAUACGACAAUGGUUGGCUGUCCGGUUAUCGAAAUGUGAUGAUUGCCUCCGGAUUCUUGGGAGUGUUGGAACGAGCAAAGUACGUUCUUCCAAUGAAUCGAAGAGAUCUGAAACUCAAUUACGAAAUCAGCGAUCUGCAAAAAUGGGUUGUAGUUCGAGAUGUGAUCGGAGCACAUUACGUAACUUGCACAACAGUCAAAGAUUCUCAGGUUGUGGCAAAUGUAACUUGUGCCAUUCAGAGCGAUACCAGAAGUCUUGUUCCAGAAAACAACGAACAUAUUGAAAACUGGCUGAAGGAAUUCUUCCGAAAGAUUCGACUGCAGCGUCCCCUGAAUGGUCACAUUAGCUUUCGAUUGGCGAAGUGUGCUUCGAGCGGAGAAAUUCUACCAUUGGGAAUUCGAGUCGGUGUGUCGCUGCCAUACAUUUGCUACACCGGAGUUCAUUCGCGAGUAAUUUGCAAACCAUGCCCUCAUUUCAACCGACAAAAUUCCGGCCCUCUCGUGCAGGAUGGUGGCCGCUAUUGGAUCCACGAAACGGUAAUGAAUGCCAUCCGUCGUCCCAGCGUUGAUGCCGUGCAACAAUUGAUCGGAACUGUGAUCGACAAACGGGAAGCGUUGUUCGUCUACUGGGAUCCUUUGCCGUACUGCGCCUACUAUCACUUCCAGCUGCCAUUCAACUCGGUGAAGAGCUUUCUGCACAAACGACAGAGGGCGCGAACGUUGCCACGUGCCGCUGCACCAGUGCAGUAAGUGGCACAUCACGGCACGGUGCAGUGAUUGCCAGAGUCGGUCAGAGUGCAACGCCAGCCGCUGAUAAUCGACUGCGGGCCGAUUUUGUUGAGUUGUUUUAAGUUUUUUUUUCAAUAGACAUGGAGAGAGAAGUAUCAGACUCGCGAAGAUCAACAUGUGUGCAAAGAAUGACCGAGUGCGAACGAGCGUGAGAGUAUCAUAGGGUAGCCGUAGGAUCCGGAUUCUAAUUAAUAAAUAAUAUUUUGAUAGCAUUUGCAUACACAUUUUAGCCAUUAUCAAUUUGACUACUUAGAGUAGGGGAGAUUUACAUACAUGUCGUUGUUGCUGGGCAACCGAAUGGAAGUGUUUCUGAAUGUUUGGUAUAUGUCGAAAGUAAACAUAUAUAAAAAAGAGUACAAAUUGUCGUUACCAAAACUGUA